GGGUCACCCCAUGCUCCUGGGCGGGGGGGCGGGGAGGGUUGCAGGGACAGAGCUAUAAACAGGGUGGCUGUCUGUCCAGUCCCCCUGACUCUGCUCUGCAGUCCUGGCCUCUGUGUGAGUCCCCUGGCACUGGGCAGUGCCCAGGAAGCCAGUUGGCAUCCAGGGUUUGUUUAAAUGACCUCAUGAAGAAUAUGGAAGGGGCUGGCACCGGGACUGUCCUCAGCUGUGCCUCAGGGUGUGGAUGGGGUCAGUGACCCCAAGGCUGACCUCUCUCUUGGUUCUGAAUCCAGACAGAAUCAAUCCUUGGCUGGGGUCAGGUGUUCUACCCUCCCUGCCCUGGGAGCCCAAGGUGGGUUCUUGGGGGUAGGGUGUGUAGGGGGUGGUCAGGUUCCUGUGUGUGACCCCUGCAGCUGUUGUGGUGACUCAUGUCCCAACCUGGCUGCCUGGUCCAACAAGAAGACACUUUCCCUUUGGGACAAGGUGAGGGUAAGGGUGUGGCACAGAGGAGGCCAGGGGCUGGUAGCCCACCCAGGGCUGAGAGGCACUAGACUUAGCCAGAGGAGGGUUCCACUCCAGGAAGACCACGGAGAUGGCCCCGCAGAAUCCACUUCCCAUUUGGGAGGAUAGGAAGGGGGACCCUGGCAUGUCAACAGCCUGGUACCUGGAGUGCCAAGCAAUCUGCAGGGCUGGCCUGGCCCUGCUCCUCCAGAGGGGGCUGGAGUGUGGGCUGGGAGAUGAGAGGGGUCAGACUCCAGACCAGGCGACACAUCUAAUCCCUUGGCACCCAAAGGCUCGGAUCGCGUCCCCUGGUACCCCUGGCAGCCUGGAGAAUGCACCCCGCGCCCUUCCGUCCUCACCUGGGUCCCUCGCCCCGGACGUGACAGAACGUCCCGAGCCUUCCGCCCUCGGCAGCCCCCAGAUACGCGGCUGGGAGCCUGCAGGGCCCGCAGGGGAGGCCCGGGCAGUUCCGUCCGCUAAGUGCUUUAUCCCUGCUUGCCUGCCCUAUCGUCGCUGCCAUCUGACGGGCGGGGCCGGAGCUCCGCUCUGGGGCCCCGGGGCGACCGUGGCGGAGGCCAGAACGGACUGUCCUUUCUGGAGUCGGGGCGGGGGGCGGGGGGAACGCUGGAGGACAGGGACGAAAGAGGCCUAGGGGAGAGGCGGAGAAGGGGAGUUGGGGUGACCUCACUAAGGAAGGGGGGGUGGCUGUUGGACAGGGUGUCCCAGAGAUGUCCCUGGUGCUGGGAGCUGGGAAUGGGGGAAAGGGCUAGCUUGAACCCUGGCAAAAAAGAAGGGAAGGGAUGCCAGGCAAAAGGGGUGAAUGGAGAAGAGCUACAGGGAGGAGCUGGGGCUGGUGGACGCAGGGGUCUAAGGAGUCUGGGGGCACGAAGCUGAGGGGCAGGGCGCGGGAGCUGGCCUUGGACCAGGGCAGGUGAGGCAAAGGGUGGAGGGCAGAGGGGAGCAACCGUGGAGCAGGGGCGGGGACGGAUGCUCCCCCCGUGUGUCUGCUGCUCCGACACUAAAGGAGAUGGAUGGGGUAAGGGAAACGCAGCGCGCGUGGCCCCGGGCGGCUCAUCGCUCAGCCGCCGCCCCCGCAGCGGAGAGGUCGGGGCGGGGGUCCGGCCGCAGAUAAAGGCGAGCGGGGGACAAGGGCGGCCGCGGCAGCAGCAUGAGCGGGACAGACCUGAGUCACGCUGCGGGCGCGGCCCCCGACUUAGACCCGGGCCGGGCGGCAGUCGCCUUGGCCUACCAGCGCUUCGAGCCCCGCGCCUACCUCUGCAACAACUACGCGCCCCCUCGGGGGGACCUGAGCGGCCCCGAUGGCGUCGGGCCUUGGAAGCUGCGCUGCUUGGCGCAGACCUUCGCCACCGGUGAGGUGUCUGGACGCACCCUCAUUGACAUUGGUUCAGGCCCCACUAUCUACCAGCUGCUCAGCGCCUGCGCCCACUUUGAGGACAUCACGAUGACAGAUUUCUUGGAGGUGAACCGCCAGGAGCUGGGGCUCUGGCUGCGAGACGAGCCUGGGGCCUUCGACUGGAGCGUGUACAGCCAGCAUGUCUGUCUCAUCGAGGGCAAGGGUGAAUCCUGCCAAGAGAAGGAGUGCCAGCUGAGAGCCAGGGUGAAGCGGAUCCUGCCCAUCGACGUGCACCAGCCCCAGCCCCUGGGCGCUGGGAGCCUGGCGCCCCUGCCUGCCGAUGCCCUGGUCUCCGCCUUCUGCCUAGAGGCUGUGAGUCCGGACCUUGCCAGCUUCCAGCGGGCCCUGGACCACAUCACUACACUGCUGAGGCCUGGGGGGCACCUCCUCCUCAUCGGGGCCCUGGAGGAGUCAUGGUACCUGGCUGGGGAGGCCAGGCUGGCAGUGGUGCCAGUGCGUGAGGAGGAGGUGAGGGAGGCCCUGGUGCGUAGCGGCUGAGGUGAGGGAUCUGCGUACCUACAUCAUGCCUUCCCACCUUCGGACAGGCGUAGAUGAUGUCAAGGGCAUCUUCUUCGCCUGGCCCAGAAGAAGGUGGGGGUGUGAGGCCCCAGUGCAUACAGUGUCGGCGGCCCUCACCCACCUAGAUUCCCUGUUAUCUGAGGUGGCACCUAAUAAAGAAAUAAGUCCGUGCUGGUUGGUGUUAAGUGCAGUCUGCGGCUCUCCUGGGAAGCUACAAGGGCCCAGAGCUCUCUCUUGUGUUGUGGGCAUAUGGGAGGCAUCAACCCUGGCCUUUUUCCCAGAAGCUUCCAUGAAGGAAGGUUUCCGUACACUCAUUCUUCCCAAACUAAGGAAAGCCAGGGUCAGAGGAAACUCAUUCAGCAUCUGCUGUGUGCCAGGCACCUGCUAGGUCCAUUCAGUCCUCACACUCGGCAGCAGGUCCUGUUAUCCUGUUUGCAGGUGAAGCUCAGAAAGGUUAGGAACAAAUAAAUAAUAGAGGAGCUUAGCGGAGCCCAGAAGGGGAGGUGAAGGGGGAUAAUUAGGAGAACUUGCAGGCGGUGGUGCUACAACCCAGGCACAAAGGCCAAGGGAAGUCAGAGGGGAAGAACAGGCACCAGCUCCCUCUCCCAGCCCCCACUACGAGCGGGACGGGAGCUCCAUCCAGAUCUGCUGUUGCCCUGAAUCUGGUCCUUGCCAUACCCACUCCCAUGGGCCUAGGU